CCUUCCAACAAGUCUUUUAAGACCAAGCGCAUUCUCGGCAAGGCCCAGAAGCAGAACCGUCCCAUUCCCCAGUGGAUCCGUAUGAGAACUGGCAACACCAUUAACUGGAACGCCAAGCGUCGCCAUUGGAGACGCACCAAGCUCAACCUUUAA